CACAAGAAAAUGUUUGUAAGGGGAAGGAGGACGGGGUUUUCAGUGACCAGCACCUCGAUAACCUGGAGAGGAGCUGCAGCCCGGACCAGGAGGAACCAGGGCAUCCACAGACUGUAGAACUGGAGGAAGACUCCAGUCGUCAGGAUAUGAAGGACAACGACGUAGAGGUGGAUGUCUCAUUGGUCAAUGUCGCUGAUGUGAAAAUUGGUGAACCAGGACCAAACUGUGCCCAGCUGCUGUUGCACACUUCUCCUGAAGCUCAAAACAAAGAUGAGGAAGGGACUGAAAGUUUACGCUCAGAAUCCAGUAAAACUGCAGAUCCGGAGCCGAUUCGACGACACGGUGACCACGAAGAUGCUGCUGUCCCGUCAGACAGCAACUGUAAAUCAAAGCUGACCAGGACCCACACGGGGAAGAAGGCGUUUUCUUGCAGAACCUGCAGGACAGAGUUCAGUAAAAGUAGUAUUUUAAUGGAUCACAUGAAGAUCCACACUUGUGAAAAGCUAUACCUGUGCAACACCUGCGGAAAAUCGUUUACUAAAUCAUCAAAUCUUAAACGCCACAUAACCACGCACAAGGGCGAGAAGCCCUACAUCUGCAAAACAUGUGGAAAAAGUUACACAGAACGUUCCAACCUGGUGGUUCACUCGAGGAUCCACACUGGCGAAAGGCCGUACAUGUGCAACACCUGCGGAAAAACCUUUACUAAAUCAUCAAAUCUUAAAAGCCACAUAACCACGCACAAGGGCGAGAAGCCCUACAUCUGCAAAACAUGUGGAAAAAGUUACAGGCUACGUUCCCAGCUAGUGAUUCACUCGAGGACCCACACUGGCGAAAGGCCGUACCUGUGCAACACCUGCAGCAAAACCUUUACUAAUUUAUCAGAUCUUAAACGCCACAUAACCACGCACACGGUCGAGAAGCCCUACAUCUGCAAAACAUGUGGAAAGAGUUACAGGAUACGUUCCUACCUGGUGGCUCACUCGAGGAUACACACCGGUGAAAGGCCAUUCGUGUGCAACACCUGCGGAAAAACCUUUACUAAAUCAUCAAACCUUAAAAGCCACAUAACCACGCACACAGGCGAGAAGCCCUACAUCUGCAAAACAUGUGGAAAAAGUUACAGGCUACGUUCCCACCUAGUGACUCACUCGAGGAUCCACACCGGCGAAAGGCCGUACUUGUGCAACACCUGUGGAAAAACCUUUACGGGAUCAUCAGUUCUUAAACGGCACAUAACCACGCACACGGGAGAGAAGCCCUACAUCUGCAAAACAUGUGGAAAAAGUUACAGGCUACGUUCCCAACUAGUGAUUCACUCGAGGAUCCACACCGGCGAAAGGCCGUACCUGUGCAACACCUGCGGAAAAACCUUUACUGAAUCAUCACAUCUUAAACGGCACAUAAUCACCCACACGGGGAGAAGCUAUAUUAGUGCAAGACGUGCAACAACGGUUUUAGCCGCAGAAUUGAUUUCUCACUUCCAUUCCCAGCUCUUUGGUUUUUCCCUUGCAUUCUUUGAUUUCAGCCGAGUUAAACUCGACCGCUUUAGCAAUGCUGGCCAUGAAAAUGUUUGUAAGGUGGAGGACGACGGGGUUUCCAGUGACCAGCACCUCGAUAACCUGGAGAGGAGCUGCAGCCCGGACCAGGAGGAACCAGGGCAUCCACAGACUACAGAACUGGAGGAAGACUCCAGCGGUCAGGAGAUGAAGCACGAGGACGUAGAGGUGGAUGUCUCAUUGGUCAAUGUCGCUGAUGUGAAAGUUGAAAAUGGUGAACCAGGACCAAACUGUGUCCAGCUGCUGUUGCACACUUCUCCUGAAGCUCAAAACAAAGAUGAGGAAGGGACUGAAAGUUUCCGCUCAGACUCCAGUAAAACUGCAGAUCCGGAGCCAAUGAGACGACACGGUGACCACGAAGAUGCUGCUGUCCCGUCAGACAGCAACUGUAAAUCAAAGCUGACCAGGACCCACACGGGGCAGAAGGCGUUUUCUUGCAGCACUUGCAGGAAAGAGUUCAGUAGAAGUUGUAAUUUAAUGGAUCACAUGAAGAUCCACACUAACGAAAGGCCCUAUCUGUGCGACACCUGCAACAAAACCUUUACUAGAUCAUCACAUCUUAAAAGCCACAUAUACACGCACACGGGCGAGAAGCCCUACAUCUGCAAAACAUGUGGAAAAAGUUACAGGCUACGUUCCACCUUGGUGGUUCACUUGAGGAUCCACACCGGCGAAAAGCCGUACCUGUGCAACACCUGCGGCAAAAGCUUUAUUAGAUUAUCAAAUCUUAAAAGCCACAUAACCAUACACACGGGUGAGAUGCCCUACAUCUGCAAAACAUGUGGAAAAAGUUACAGGCUAUCUUCCCACCUGGUGGUUCACUCGAGGACCCACACCGGCGAAAGGCCGUACCUGUGCAACACCUGCAGCAAAACCUUUGCUGAUUUAUCACAUCUUAAACGGCACAUAACCACGCACACGGGCGAGAAGCCCUACAUCUGCAAAACAUGUGGAAAGAGUUACAGGCUACGUUCCACCCUGGUGGUUCACUUGAGGACCCACACUGGCGAAAGGCCGUACCUGUGCAACACCUGCGGAAAAACCUUUACUAAAUCAUCACAUCUUAACCGCCACACAACCACGCACACGGGUGAGAAGCGAUAUUUGUGCAAGACGUGCAACAAAGGUUUUAGCCGCAGAAUUGAUUUGCUGAGUCACAUGAAAAAUCACCCGGAGGAGAAGUCUGGUGACUCGUGACAAAUGAAGCUCAUGUUGUCGUCCUCCGGGGGCAGCUGUCCACUCCUGUCU